GGGCGGCAGGCGUUCUCUGCUGCACAGGGUUUUUUUUUCUUGUAAAGUUCUUUGCAAAGUUUGGCGCUGCGGCAGCUCGUGCGCGGUGUGUUGUAUUGUCAGUCAGUCGGCAGCAUGCAGAUCCAGGAGUUGCUGAAGAGCCUGGGGGCCCAGGGCUGCCUGUGUUUCCCAGACUUUGAGGAGAUCCGAAAGUACGUCCACAGCCUGUCCACGCCGUCCCUGAUCGGGCUGGGUGCUUUCGCCACUCUCGCUGCUUACUGGCUGGCCACACGACCACGACCCAUCCGGCCGCCAUGCGACCUGGAGCACCAGUCUGUACCAGUGCAGGGGGACCCCAGCUGCCGGAGGUCGGCUCUUCUGAAGAACGAGACUCUGUUGGACUUUUACUACAAGGACACGAAGACGGCCUACGAGAUGUUCCAGAGGGGGCUCCGGAUCUCAGGUGAAGGACCCUGCCUCGGGUUCAGGAAACCCAAAGGUCCCUAUGAGUGGAUCUCCUACAAAGAGGUUUCGGACCAGGCUGAGUUCUUGGGCUCUGGGCUCCUGCACCGAGGCUGUCUGCCUUCACCAAACCAGUUCAUCGGGGUCUUUGCACAGAACCGACCUGAGUGGGUGAUUGCUGAGCUGGCCUGCUACACGUAUUCCAUGGCUGUGGUCCCUCUGUAUGACACUCUGGGUGAAGAGGCGAUGGUGCACAUUCUCAAUAUCGCGGAGAUCUCCAUGGUGAUCUGUGACAAGCCUGAGAAGGCGGCGACUCUGCUGGUCAAUGUGGAGCAGUCUCUGACCCCUGGCCUCAAAACCGUCAUCCUCAUGAACUCAUGCAAUACUGCCCUGCUGGAGAGGGGGAGGAACUGCGGGGUGGAGAUACUGCAGUUCCGAGACAUCAUGGAACAAGGUCGUCAGAAUCACAAAGCCCCAGUUCCCCCAAGCCCCGAUGAUCUAGCUGUGGUGUGCUUUACAAGUGGAACCACAGGGAAACCCAAAGGGGCGAUGAUCACUCACGGGAACAUUGCCUCCAACACCUCGUCUGUGAUCAAGAUCCUGGAGGGUUCAUUUGUGAUCCGCCAGGAAGACGUCACCAUUUCAUACCUGCCGCUCGCUCACAUGUUUGAAAGGAUGAUCCAGGUCUCCAUGUUCUGCCACGGCGCCCGGGUCGGGUUCUAUCAGGGCGAUAUCCAGCUUCUCAUGGACGACAUCAAGACCCUCAAGCCAACCUUCUUCCCCGUGGUGCCUCGGCUUCUCAACAGGAUCUAUGACAAGAUCCUGGGAAGCGUCGCCUCCCCUUUGAGGAGGGCUGUCCUGCAGUAUGCUGUGCGGUGGAAGCAGGCAGAGCUGAGCAGCGGCAUUGUGAGGAACAACAGCUUCUGGGACCUGUUGCUUUUCAACAGGAUCCAGGCCAGUCUGGGUGGAAACCUGAGGUUUAUAUUAACCGCGUCGGCGCCCAUCUCCCCCAGUGUGCUCACCUUCCUCCGGGCUGUGCUGGGCUGCUUGAUAUUCGAAGGUUACGGGCAGACUGAGUGCACUGCCGGCUGCACCUUCUCCAUGCCAGGAGACUGGACUGCAGGUCACGUCGGAGCCCCGCUGCCCUGUGCCUUGGUGAAAGUGGUGGAUAUCGAGGACAUGAACUACCUGGCAUCAAACGGAGAGGGGGAGAUCUGUAUUAAAGGGCCCAGCGUGUUUCAGGGCUAUCUGAAGGAUGCAGAGAAAACGUCCGAGGCGCUGGACUCGCAGGGCUGGCUGCACACGGGGGACGUGGGGAAGUGGUUACCGAACGGAGCCUUGAAGAUCAUUGAUCGGAAGAAGCACAUGUUCAAGCUGUCGCAGGGAGAGUACAUCGCCCCCGAGAAGAUCGAGAACGUGUACCUGCGGAGCGCAGCCCUGCUGCAGGUGUUUGUGCAUGGAGACAGUCUGCAGUCUCAUCUCAUCGGAAUAGUUGUUCCUGACCCAGAAGUGUUUCCUGGCUGGGCUCAGGAAAAGGGAAUUGUGGGAUCGUAUGAUGAGCUCUGCAGCAAUCAGGAGGUGAAGGAGGCAAUCCUGGAGGACAUGACAAGGCUUGGGAAGGAAGCCGGGCUCAAGUCCUUCGAACAGGUGAAAGAUCUCUACAUUCAUCCAGAAAUGUUCAGCAUCUUCAACGGGCUUCUCACCCCGACCAUGAAAGCCAGACGGGCCGACAUCCGGAAGCGGUUCCAGGGUGAGAUCAGCAGGCUGUACUCCAAGUCUGCCCUUUAACCCAGCCUGGGAUCAGACACUGGGGACGGGAGGGGCAGCUGCAGCAGCCCCUUUCCUGCCUGUUGGAUUCAGUUAAAGAGAAGCUGCACAGCCUGGACUGCACUAGAAACCAGCAACAUGAGCAAAAUAGGAACGAGAGCCAGACAAGUGAAAACCUGAACACACCUAGAGCUGCCUCUUAUUUAACUUGAAGCCUCUUUGGAAUUUGAAAAGCUCCGGGACACUCUUUGUCAGGGAAGGGUGGUCACGUGUGUAAAAGUUGUGGAGGCUUCUCUGAGGGUGGCUUGCCCUGGUACGUUGAAAAAUGUGCAAUCCUGUUUCCAACCAGCCAGGGUUUUUUUUUUUUUUUUGCAGAACAGAUCUGAACUAAUCACAGUUUUUCUUUUUUUUUUCUAAUGUGUUCUUGUGCAAUGGAAUUGUAUGUUCACUAGUGUGCUUGCAUGACCCCUCUGUCGUUUGGAAACGGCUGCUUGUGUUGCAUCAUUGCGUAGCCUGUACUAUUGGGACUCUGUUAGCGGUCACUUUCUUGAGUUCAAGUUCAAAAUCAUUUUUGUGGACCAAUUAAGUCUUCAAGUUCUCUGAAGGGAGAACAAUCUGCAGUGAGUAUGGGCGUGCCUUUGAGCUGCAGCUGUCCCGGGUCUGAGGUGACAGCUCCUGAUUGUCUUGGUGUUUCAGAGAACUGCUGCUAGCGGCACCCUGUUGAUAACCCACUGUGCUGCCGCAGCACCUGUAUUAGGACUGAAUUACACUGGGUGGCAGAGCCCUGGAUCAGGCAUAGGAAGUAGGAUGCUCUUCCAAAUUGUCCUGGAGCCCUUUAAGUUAUUACCAUGAACAAGGAGAUUAACUGUUUACAUGUGGCAGAGACAUAGCCCCCUGACCAUUUUCAAUUAUACAUCUGUUUACCAGUUAAUACCAUAUAGAUUAGUAAAUACACCUGCACAGGGGCCCCUACACGCGCACGCACAUGGACCCCUGCACACACACACACACGCGCACGCACAGGGACCCCUGCACACACACACACACAC